AUGUCCCCAGAAGCUGGAACGCUUUCCUGAGCGCUUGGGUUGGAGCCUGGAACUCGGAGGGUCCAGGCGGUUAUGCAAGGAAGUGGAAGCCAAGAGCAACAGGUGCUCGGGAGGUCAUCAUGAUCAGGCCAGACCCCAGGCCCUCCCCCGGCUUGGCCCGGUGGGCUGAGAGCUACGAGGCCAAGUAUGAGCGCCGGCAGGAGACCCGUGAGAGCCGCCGCUGUCGCCCCAACAUGACCACUUGCCGCCAGGUGGGAAAGGCAAUGAGGACCCAGCAGAGAGAGCAGCUCCAGCGAGCUCGACAACGGCAGUUCUUCCAGAGGAGGAAGCUGGAGGUGGAAGAGAGAGGCCAGGCACGGCCUCCCGGGGCCAAGGAGCAAGGUCCCUCCAGGAGGACACGCCAGGCUGCUACCCUCAACAGGUCCUUGUCUUGUGACAACAGGAUCUCCUCCCCUGGACAGCAGGUGGCAGAGACCAGCUCUAAGAGCCUUCCAGGCCAGCAGCACCCUCCUGCAGACAUCCAGAGGGGUCUAGCUGACCAGCCCUCCCCCCUGGCAGGGGGCCUCCCACCACAGGAUCCUUCCAUCAGGAAGCUGCCCAAACAUCACCGUGGCACUCAGACCAAGGCAGAAGAACCACAGCCGACACUGAAGAAUGAUGCCAGUCAGCAAACCAAUUAUGGAGUGGCAGUUCUGGAUAAGGAAAUCAUCCAGCUUUCCGAGUACCUCAAAGAAGCCCUACAGAGGGAGCUGGUCCUAAAACAGAAAAUGAUGAUUCUCCAAGACCUACUGAACACGCUGAUUCGGGCCUCUGACAGCUCAUGGAAGGGACAGCUGAAUGAAGACAAAUUGAAGGGCAAAUUGAGAUCCUUAGAAAACCAGCUCUACACCUGUACCCAGAAAUAUUCCCCUUGGGGAAUGAAGAAGGUGCUACUGGAGAUGGAAGACCAGAAGAACAGCUAUGAACAGAAGGCCAAGGAGUCCCUGCAGAAAGUGCUGGAGGAGAAAAUGAGUGCGGAGCGGCAGCUGCAGAGCACGCAGCGGUCCCUGGCCCUGGCAGAGCAGAAGUGUGAAGAGUGGAGGAGCCAAUACGAGGCCCUGAAGGAAGACUGGAGGACCCUAGGGGCCCAGCACAGAGAGCUAGAGAGCCAACUCCAUGUGCUUCAGUCCAAACUGCAGGGAGCAGACAGCAGGGACUCACAAAUGAACCAGGCCCUGCGACUUCUGGAGAAUGAGCACCAGGAACUGCAGGCCAAGAUUGAACACCUGCAGGGGGACAGAGACCAGUGCAGCUUGGACACCCAGGACCUGCAGGAUCAACUAAGGAAGUCAGAGGAGGAGAAACUUGCCCUGAUGACCAGAGUCCAGCAGUUGCAGAGUCUGCUUCAGAGUCCAUCUUCACAGCUUCAGGAACAGGACAAACCCUUAACAAUGAAAGAUCAGGCAUUGCCUGUGUGGAGUCCAAAGCCUGCCCACAACGAGGUGGAGCCUGAGGGUGCAGGGAAGGAGAAGGACUGGGAUCUCAGAGACCAGCUGCAAAAGAAGACUUUGCAGCUCCAAGCCAAGGAAAAGGAGUGCAGAGAACUCCGCUCAGAGUUAGACGACCUCAGUGACGAGUACCUCUCCUGCCUGCACAAGCUGCAGCACUGCAGAGAAGAGCUGAACUUGAGCCAGCAGCCACCUCCGAGAAGACAAUGCGGCCGAUGGCUCCAGAUGCUGAUGGUGAUGAUUGCUAUAGCACUGGCGGUGUUCUUGGCCAAUAAAGACAAUCUGAUGAUCUGA